UUGGGCUGGGGGAAAAAGCUCAUGGAAUUUUCUAGAUAAAAAUUAACGAAAAAAAAGUUCCAAAGACGUCCACCGUGGGCGCGGGUAUAAAAGGCAAAGCUGUAUCGCCCAAUUUCUUUCUUCGUUGCCGCUGGGAGCUCUUCAUCAGAUUCAUAGAAUCGAGAACACAUUCAUAAACAAAGAUGGCAACAGAAUCAUAUGAAUUUCAAGCUGAGAUCACUCAGUUGAUGAGUUUGAUCAUCAACACUGUCUACUCUAACAAGGAGAUUUUCCUUAGAGAGUUGAUCUCCAACGCGUCCGAUGCGCUUGACAAGAUCAGAUACGAGUCCCUUAGCGACAAGUCCAAGUUGGACACCGAGCCAAACCUCUUCAUCAGAAUCACACCAAAGCCAGAGGAGAAGGUCCUUGAGAUCAGAGAUUCCGGUAUUGGUAUGACCAAGGCUGAUUUGGUGAACAACUUGGGUACCAUUGCCAAGUCUGGUACCAAAUCCUUUAUGGAGGCCCUUUCUGCUGGUGCCGAUGUUUCCAUGAUUGGUCAAUUCGGUGUUGGUUUCUACUCUCUUUUCUUGGUUGCCGACAAGGUGCAAGUUAUCUCCAAGAACAACGACGAUGAGCAAUACAUCUGGGAAUCUAACGCUGGUGGUAAGUUCACCGUCACUUUGGAUGAGACCAACGAGAGAAUCUCCCGUGGUACUAUCUUGAGAUUGUUCUUGAAGGAUGACCAAUUGGAGUACUUGGAUGAGAAGAGAAUCAAGGAGGUUGUUAAGCGUCACUCUGAGUUCGUCUCUUACCCAAUCGAGCUUCUUGUUACCAAGGAGGUUGAAAAGGAGGUUCCAGAAACCGAAGAGGAGGCCAAGGAGGAGGAUGACAAGAAGCCAAAGCUCGAGGAAGUUGAUGAGGACGAGGAGAAGAAGGAUGAGAAGAAGACCAAGACUGUUAAGGAAACCGUUCAAGAACUUGAGGUUUUGAACAAGACCAAGCCAUUGUGGACAAGAAACCCAUCUGAAGUCACACAAGAGGAGUACAAUGCCUUCUACAAGUCCAUCUCUAACGACUGGGAAGAUCCAUUGGCUGUCAAGCACUUCUCUGUUGAAGGUCAAUUGGAGUUCAAGGCUAUCUUGUUCAUUCCAAAGAGAGCUCCAUUCGACUUGUUCGAAUCCAAGAAGAAGAAGAACAACAUCAAGUUGUACGUUCGUCGUGUCUUCAUUACCGAUGAGGCCGAAGAGUUGAUUCCAGAAUGGUUGUCCUUCGUUAAGGGUGUUGUUGACUCUGAGGACUUGCCAUUGAACUUGUCCAGAGAAACCUUGCAACAAAACAAGAUCUUGAAGGUUAUCAGAAAGAACAUCGUCAAGAAAUUGAUCGAGACUUUCAACGAGAUUGCCGAGGAUGCUGAACAAUUCGAGAAGUUCUACUCCGCUUUCUCCAAGAACAUCAAACUCGGUAUUCACGAGGACACUCAAAACAGAAACGCCUUGGCCAAGUUGUUGAGAUACAACUCUACAAAGUCUGGUGAAGAUGUUACAUCCUUGCAAGAUUACGUCACAAGAAUGAAGGAGGGUCAAAAGAACAUCUACUUCAUCACUGGUGAAUCCUUGAAGGCUGUUGAGAAGUCUCCAUUCUUGGAUGCUUUGAAGGCUAAGGACUUUGAAGUUUUGUUCUUGGUUGAUCCAAUUGAUGAGUACGCUUUCUCUCAAUUGAAGGAGUUUGACGACAAGAAGUUGGUUGAUAUUACCAAGGACUUCGAGCUCGAAGAGACCGAUGAAGAGAAGGCUGCUAGAGAAAAGGAAGAGGCUGAGUACGAGAACUUGGCCAAGGCCUUGAAGGAGAUCUUGGGUGACAACGUUGAGAAGGUUGUUGUCUCUCACAAGUUGGGUGACGCUCCAGCUGCCAUCAGAACUGCCCAGUUCGGUUGGUCCGCUAACAUGGAGAGAAUCAUGAAGGCCCAAGCUUUACGUGACAGCUCCAUGUCUUCUUACAUGUCUUCCAAGAAGAUCUUUGAAAUCUCUCCAAAGUCCCCAAUCAUCAAGGAGUUGAAGCACAAGGUUGAGGCUGAUGGUGCUCAAGACAGAACUGUCAAGGACUUGACCACUUUGUUGUACGAGACUGCCUUGUUGACCUCUGGUUUCACCUUGGAUGAGCCAAGCAAGUUCGCCACCAGAAUCAACAGAUUGAUCUCUCUUGGUUUGAACAUCGACGAGGAGGAGGCUUCUGAGAAGCCAGAGGAAAUUAAGGAAACUCCAACUGAGGAACAAGUUGCUGAGACCGAGAUGGAAGAGGUUGAUUAAACUGGGACGCGGGAGGUUCCUGGCUGUGUAAAAAACAAUGGAGAGAUUAGGUGCUUUUAUUAUAAUUGCUGAGUGUGUAUAUGAUGUUUACAUGUAAAGAAAUUU